ACAUCACCAGGCAUCCCGGAAGUAGUCUCUAGCUAGAAUGGAGUGAUGGCUGCGGCCUUUCGUCGUCAACACCUCAACAGGAAGAAAAUGUCAGCAGAUUUUCAACUCUUCUGAACGAUCCAUCAUCGAGUCCGGUCGGACCUCCGUCGGCGUCGCCAACGUCCCCCACACCCCGAGCUGUCCCUGGUUGGCCGUUUGGUGCACCUUGAAAGAAGAAGAAGGAGAAGCAGGCUCAAAGAGAAAAGAAAAAUUGGACAAAAAUGUCACUGUUCCAAUCGGCGCUGGAUUUCCUCGCCGGGCCCGGCUCGGUCGGAGCGGCAAGUCGGGACCAGAACGACUUUGUGGGGCAGAUGGUCGAGUUGGGUGACAUGAAACUGCGGAUCAAGCGGGUGAUUGCGGAAGGCGGCUUCGCAUUUGUCUACGAAGCCCAAGACGUCAGCAGUGGCAAAGACUACGCUCUGAAGCGACUUUUGUCCAACGAGGAUGAGAAAAACAAGGAAAUAAUCCAGGAAAUUUGCUUCAUGAAAAAGCUGUCGGGGCACCCCAACGUGGUCCAGUUCUGCUCUGCCGCCUCCAUUGGCAAAGAGGAGUCGGACACGGGUCAGGCCGAGUUCCUCAUCCUCACCGAACUCUGCAAAGGCCAGCUGGUGGACUUCCUUCGACGAGUGGAGCAGCGCGCCCCCGUCUCCUGCAACACUGUGCUGAAGGUUUUCUACCAGACGUGUCGUGCCGUGCAGCACCUGCACAAGCAGAAGCCCCAUGUCAUCCACAGAGACCUCAAGAUUGAGAACCUGCUGAUUAGUAACCAAGGCACCGUCAAACUGUGCGACUUUGGCAGUGCCACCACCGUGGCUCACGACCCCGACUACAGCUGGUCGGCACAGAAGAGGUCCAUGGUGGAGGACGAGAUCACAAGGAACACCACUCCAGCAUACCGAACACCGGAAAUGAUCGACCUGUACUCCAACUAUCCCAUCAAUGAGAAGCAAGACAUCUGGGCCCUGGGCUGCAUCCUCUACCUGUUGUGUUUCAAGCAACACCCGUUCGAGGAAGGCGCCAAGUUGCAGAUCGUCAACGGGAAGUACUCCGUGCCGCAGAACGACACCAAGUACACGGUCUACCACAAUCUCAUUCGCUCCAUGUUGAAAGUGAAUCCCGGGGAGCGGCUCUCCAUCACAGAAGUGGUCAACCAGCUUCAGGAAAUAGCGGCGGCCCGAAACGUCAACCCCAAGUCCCCCAUCACAGAGCUCCUGGAGCAGAAUGGAGGGUUCGGAAGUAACGGGGCGGCGGCGGCAGCAUCGACGGCGGCGACGACAGUCACGGCCCCCUCGCAGAUACAACACAACAAUGCAGGGAUUUACGAUCCCGACCAGUCGGGUAGCGGCUUCCUGGACAUCCUCAAGGGAGGAACCGAGCGCUUCCUGACCAACAUCAAGGAUACCUCCUCCAAGGUCAUCCAGUCCGUAGCCAGCUACGCCAAAGGUGACCUAGAUAUCUCCUACAUCACCUCGAGAAUAGCAGUCAUGUCUUUCCCGGCCGAAGGGGUGGAGUCUGCUAUAAAGAAUAAUAUCGAGGACGUGCGGCUAUUUCUGGAUUCGCGGCAUCCUGGACACUACGCCGUCUACAACCUCUCCAGGCGCUCCUAUAGGCCGUCCCGCUUCCACAAUCGGGUCUCGGAAUGCAACUGGCAGGUUCGCCGCUCUCCCCACCUGCGCAGUCUGUACAGCGUGUGCAAGAACAUGCACCAGUGGCUCAAGCAGGACCAGAGGAACAUCUGCGUGGUCCACUGCCUGGACGGCAGGGCAGCGUCCGCCGUGGCCGUUUGCUCCUUCCUGUGCUUCUGCCGCCUCUUCACCACGGCCGAAGCGGCCGUCUACAUGUUCUCCAUGAAGCGCUGCCCGCCCGGUAUAGCCCCAUCUCACAAGAGGUACAUCGAGUACAUGUGCGACAUGAUGGCGGAGGAGCCCAUCGUCCCGCACGGCAAGCCCGUUCUCAUCCACGCCAUCACCAUGACGCCCGUGCCGCUGUUUAACAAGCAGCGCAAUGGCUGUCGGCCCUUCUGCGAGGUCUACGUCGGCGACGAGAGGGUCCUCACCACCUCCCAGGAGUAUGACCGGAUGAAGGAUUUUAAAAUGGAGGACGGACGAGCGGAGAUUCCUCUCAACGUGACCGUCCAAGGAGACGUGCUGGUGGUGAUCUACCACGCCAGGUCCACGCUGGGAGGACGUCUGCAGGCCAAGAUGGCCUCCAUGAAAAUGUUCCAGAUCCAGUUCCACACAGGCUUUGUGCCCAGAAAUGCUACCACGGUGAAGUUUGCCAAAUACGACCUGGACGCCUGCGACAUCCAGGAGAAAUAUCCAGACUUGUUCCAGGUCAACCUGGACAUUGACGUGGAGCCCCGGGACCGAGCCAGCGCCAAGACUCUGCCGUGGGACGGCUUUCAAACCAAGGGCCUCAACCCCAAGAUCCUCUUUUCGUCCCGCGACGAGCAGCAAGAGAUCCUCAGCAAAUUUGGUAAACCGGAACUGCCACGUCAGCCGGGAUCCUCUGCGUUCUAUGACGCCGGUCAACCGCCUCAGCAACCCGCGCAAGCCUCGCAAAGCUCCACCGCCUCGGACUCUCCCGUGAGCAGCGACACCGGCGCCAACAACUUCUUCCAGACGCUGGACUGGGAAGAUGUCGGCGGGCCUCUAGACACAUUGGGCAUCCAAACGGGCGGGUCCUCGAAUGAGCUGGAAGAUCUGAGUGACCAGUCGGAAGGAGAGUCCUACUCGUGCUCGACCCACAGCGGGGAGCCUCCGGCGCGGGAUAACAGUGAGCCGCUCUUCGAUGCCGACUUCCAGACUCCAAUCCCAUCUCCCGAGGACUCACCCGCCGACAACACAGCCGAUCUCUUAGGUUUGAACUCCGAACUCCAAGCGCCGACGACGACCUGCGCUGGCCUGAAGGCCUCGUCUAGCCACGGCGACCUUCUCAACGACCUGUUUGCACCACCUGCCGAACACACGACGGCAACCCAGGAGGACUUGUUCUUUAGCAGCUCCAAACCCACAAGCGACCCGUUCGACCCGUUUGGGAUGGGCUCCAGCUCCGGCGUGGGCUCCAGCGUGGGCUCGUCCCGGCAGGCCUCUGGCCCCGACCUGUUUGGGGACUUGAUAGGUUCUGAGAGUUCGGCGCCGAGCAAAGCCGCUUCCGCUUCUAACGCCAGCCUCUUGAACCUGAAUCAAUUAGGUAACAAUGCUCCCAAGAUGACAUCGUCGGCCAGUCACCCGGACCUCUUGGGCGGGUGGGACAGCUGGGCAGCCAGCACGUCGGCGGCCAUGAACUCCACUGCCAAGCCCGCGUAUGUCAGCACAGCUUCGAGUAGGUCUUCCAUGUCCAAGGCCAAGUCUCAGACCUUAGAUCCCUUUGCUGAUUUGGGGAAUUUAAGCUCCAAUUUACCGGGUUCGACCACCGGUAACUUCUCCAAGCCUAGCAAGGUUCCACCGUCCUCCUCUUCAUCUAAGCCUCAAGGUCCGGCGUCCUGGCAAGCCGGCAAAGCCCCCCAGGGCCACAACAAGACCUGGCAGGCGGGUCCCGGCUCUGCGCCCAAAGCGUCUGCGCCCCCCCAGUGCGCUGGCCCUCAGACCACCAAGGCCAACUACAACCUCAACUUCCCCAGCGUCAUCGGGGGUCGCGAGGAGAGAGGCGUUCGGCCUCCGGCAUUCGGCCCCAAGCCCAAAGUCAAGGAGGACGACUUUGGGGACCUGCUGUCCACUCAGGGAUUCUCCUCCAAGAUGGAUAAAAAAGGGCCCAGGACCAUCGCCGAAAUGAGGAGGCAGGAGCUCACAAAGGAAAUGGAUCCGCUUAAACUGCAGAUCUUAGACUGGAUCGAGGGCAAGGAGAGGAACAUCCGCGCGCUGCUGUCCACGCUGCACACGGUGCUGUGGGAGGGCGAGAGCCGCUGGAGGCCCGUGGGCAUGGCCGACCUAGUGACGCCCGACCAGGUGAAGAAGUUCUACAGGAAGGCCGUCCUGGUGGUCCAUCCAGAUAAGGCAACUGGCAAGCCAUACGAGGACUACGCUAAGAUGAUCUUCAUGGAGCUGAAUGAUGCCUGGUCAGAGUUUGAGAACCAGGGAUCCAAAGCCCUCUUUUAGUAGAAAAGACAACAAAAGUGACACAAAAAGACGGUCCGGCUGAGGACUGCAUUGUGAACGGAUAUAGCUAACCCCGCGGGGCAUGAUUGGACGGGACUGAGCCCACAUUGGGCCUUCUUUGUUUAUGUUUUGUAUUUUUUUUUUUUUUUGCACUGCCCGUCUUUCACUCCACUUCACAAUCUCCCCAAGUCCUUGCUACAUCUGUGGAAAUACAAAAGAAAAAACAACACCGUUGACGCACUGCAACAUUCAAGGGGUGACAAUGGUGAAAAGAGCGAGGAAUUUCUGAAUGCUAAUGGAUUUUGCAAACGGAACUGCUUUGUUGGUGCCUGUCAGUAUCGUAGACAAGCCUUCAAAAUGGCUGCCAAACAAUGUGAUUUGUCUGCCAGUCACUAUUGAGAAACACACACGCUACAUACUCACGCUAGUUAGUCUAGUGGUACUUUCUGACAAAACAGACCCAUGUGAACAAAAGUGCUCUUUUUUUUUUAUUACUAUAGCCGUCCAAUCGUGCUAUGCUACGUGACUAACCGCUCAUAAUAAGGCCAUUAGCGAUAGAGAGUGACGAACAUUCCAUUAGCGCUACCGCUAACUACUUCCACCUCAACAAUCCGACUUGUAGUUAGCGUAAUGUGACAAAUAAUGAAGGAGGUGUGCAUCCAGUUAGCAUCAUGCUAUCCUAAAUCACUAACAUCGCGCACUGCAGCAAUCAGGCUUUUUCGAUGCACUCUGACGAUGAAGCAAUUAACAGCGCCCUAAUUAACAGUCAGGCUACUUUUGACUGGGCAAAGCCUUGAGUUGGGAGCUAUGCCUACCAAGAAUGACAAUGUGAAGUUGGCAAAGUAGCACGGCGUACUGCUAACCACGUACACUGAAUGUUGGACAGGAGCUCGCUCUUGUUGGCAUCUCUUGCUAACUCGUGAAAGGGCGUGGCUGAUGUUUUUUGAAUGACAUAGAUCAACCAUAACAUGUGUGAUUAGCUUUUCAUAUUUCAGAAGGGUCCAUUGUGUGCAUAAAUAUUGUAAUUACAAAACAUCCAUCUCGUGACUUUGUGAAGAUGACCUUCAAGUGACAGAUCCGCGCGGGAGUACGUGUUUUAUAACAUCACACUGUUGACGUAUUGUUGACGUCGUAUUAGUUCACAUUUUUACCUCAUGGACCAAUCCAAUCACUUUCUUAUUUAUUAUUAUUAUUCGUCAGUUUAUUUUUUGCAUUCAAUUGGUGCCUGAUUAAAAAAAAAAGAUUAAAGUUGGAAAAAAAGAAAUCAGUUAGAUUUUCAUAUGAUAAUAUAUUAGAGGGUGUGUGGGGGACCACUUUGAUUUCAUCCCAAAGGUUAUAAAUAUGCUUUUUACAAAUAUGAAUACAGAUAUAUAUAGAAAUAUAUAUCCUAUCUUGUCAUAUCUGUCUUUUCGUUUUUGUUUUUUUACUUCCUUUUUUGUUGAGAUUUUUAAAUUUGUGUUUCCAGUAUGAUUGUAAGUUUAAGAAUGGAAAUCAUCAAUACAGUGUUUUACUGGAUCAAAUUGUCAUAACAAGAGAAUAUGAAUGAAUGAAAAAACAUUAAAAGUUCUGACGGCAAAAAGA